UUCUUUUCUAAUGAGGGUGGAAUACGCUGUAGUUUGACAGCAAGCUAGCUAACAGUAUGCAUAGGGUGUACACGCUAUAGGAUACCUAUCUAGGGUGUGUGCAGUCAGUGCACUCAGUCAGGUAGAUUCCAAUUUCUAAAGUUAUAUGCGAGUCGUACGCCCAAUCACAAACUCAUUUCGACCAGUCUUGAUAGAAAAGGUCUCCGCGCAGUGCUUGGUCAUCAUAACUUCAGCUUCUACAACCAGCUGAACGAAGAAUGGACAGCUAGCUAUUGGGCUAGCUAGCUAGGUUCGUGUGAAACGGUUUCCUGUUUUCGAGUUUGGCCACUCCAGGUUGAAUCGACAGUAACAUCUGGAUUGAGAACACGCGGGGUGGAAAUGCAGACGUUUUUGAAAGGCAGGAGAGUAGGCUACUGGCUCAGUGAGAAGAAAAUGAAGAAGCUGAAUUUUCAGUCGUUCGCCGAUAUGUGCAGGAAAAGAGGAAUAGAAGUGGUCCAGCUGGACCUGAGCCAGCCCCUGGAGGAGCAGGGUCCCCUGGACGUCAUUAUCCACAAGCUGACCGACCUGAUUCUGGAGGCUGACCAGAAUGAUACCCAGUCCAUCCUCCUCGUGCAGAGAGUACAGGACUACAUUGAUGCCCACCCUGAGACCAUUGUUCUGGACCCCCUCCCAGCCAUCAGGACCCUGCUGGACCGCUGGAAGUCCUACCAGCUCAUUCACAGGAUAGAGGACUGCAUGCAAGAUGAGAGGAUCUGUUCUCCCCCAUUCCUGGUUCUGAACACUGAGUUUGGUCCAGACACGUUGGAACAGAUUCAGAAGCAUGGACUCACAUUCCCCUUCAUUUGCAAAACACGAGUGGCCCAUGGAACCAACUCCCACGAGAUGGCCAUCAUCUUCAGUGAGGAGGACCUGAAAGAUGUGAAGCCUCCGUGUGUCAUCCAGAGCUUUAUCAACCACAACGCAGUGCUCUAUAAGGUGUUCGUGGUGGGGGAGUCUUACACGGUGGUUGAGAGACCUUCCUUAAAGAACUUCCCUGCAGGACCAUCAGACCGAAAAGCAAUUUGUUUCAACAGUCACAACGUAUCAAAGCCGGAGUCAUCUUCAGACCUAACAUCUAGGGACAACGUGGAGGGGUUGUCCCAGCCACCCAGUGAUGAUGUCAUCAGAGAGCUGUCCGGGUCUUUGCGACGGGCGCUGGGUGUGUCUUUGUUUGGCAUCGACGUCAUCAUUAACAACCUCACGGGCCAACACGCCGUCAUCGACAUCAAUGCAUUCCCGGGUUACGAGGGUGUCCCAGAAUUCUUCAACGACCUCCUGACACACAUCACCAGUGUGCUCCAGGCUCACGCCCCCGACAACCCCCAAGCCAGUGGGCAGCCCAAAAGCCUGGCGUCCAGCCAGCCCCCCAGCACCAUGGUACCAACAGCCCCCGCCCCAAGCCCCCCAGGCUGCUGCAGCAUGCUGGGGAAAGAGGCAAGCAGCAGCCCCUGGAUUGUGGACGGGGAUGGGAGCCUGAAGGGCCCCCGCCAGAGACUGGGCUGUAACUCCGCUAUGUCCACCAACUUCCAGCAGCACUGUGUGUCCACGAUAGCUACCAAGGCUUCCUCCCAAUGACUGCCCUUCUCUUCCCCCGUCAGACCGCCCCCUGUUCCACUCCCCAACAAAAGCCAAUGAUAAUGGUGACCGUAAUGAAUAUUAGUUAUAAUAAUUACAAUAAUAAUUAUAAUAUAUCUGUAAUCAAAACAACUUUUCCUAUGUAGAUAUUGAUGAUGGUGAUUGGGUGUUGGAUAUUCUUCUGCCUUUUUGUUGAAUGAGACUUACAGCUCUGCUACACUACAGUCAUUGGCGUCAGGCUUUGCCAUCAGCCAUUAGAGAAUGUUUGAAAUGAGUGAAAGCUGCUAUGUUGUCCGUGUUGUUUUCUCCAAUGGCAGCGUCCAAGCUCAAGUAUCCCCCGCGUUUGAUUCUCGUUGGCUGACCUGCAAGUUUGUUCUACUUUGGGGAAUUGAUAUGAGGAAAACGCUUUUUGGGUUGGGUUCUUGUGUAGCAGAAAGAACGUCACAUUGACAAAUUGCUGUUGGCAACACAACGUGUGUAGUGCAGCUGAAGUGUUAUAGUACUGUAAUGUGAACUUUUGGGAACUCUGCUUAACUGCUGGUUUAGUUUCUCUCUAUGUUAAAUAUCUGAACAUGUGGUCCACUUGAGGGCAUUGGGUGAAUGACCAAGUCUGACCUUGUGCCCCAGACACGCAGGCACAUUCACAAAACAUUUCCUGCAUUGAAACUCACCAGUGAUGUGUGCCUGUAUUGUGAUGUUCACCACUCUGUCAUACAUGGACUUUAGGGUAGGAGGGAUGUAGUACUAGAAUCUUGCCUGGGUAUUAAACACUCCACUGGUUUGGAGCAGCUGCCUGUGCCGAUGGCACUCAGACUGACUCAGAAGAGCUCACUUGAUCAUUUCCACAAUUACAAGCAAGUCAUGAGGAUCUUGAGCCACAUUUUAAUAACAUGAAAUAGCUGACUUUCCUGUGUGCCAUCUAAUUGACAAUGCGCUAUGUGUAGUGGAAGGCUGUUCUCCUGUUGUGAAUUUUAUAGUCUUCACAACAGCAAAAACAAAAGUAGAUUUGAUAAUAUUAAGAUAUAUGUAGCAUGAAAGGCUGCAAAGGCCUUCUGCAUAGACCGCUGAUCACAGCUGAUCUAAACAUUUGUCAACAGUAAAAGAAAACACUGGCUAAUGUUUAUAAAGACGUUUGCGUGUUUUUCAGAUGUGGUUGAUGUUUAUACAGGAGGUUUAUGUGAGUACAAGCCAGUCCAUGUCUCUGUGUUUUAUAACUUGAUUUCUGUUGCUUCAGCCAUGCUGAAAGAUGAGGAUCACAUUCCGUUUGUGUAUGUGGGUAUUUUCAAGAAGAAUUCCAGUGCUUUAGUGGAAAUGAGUUGAGAGUCCGACACAGGGCUAGUUUAUGGAUUUGAAAUGACCUUUGAACUGGGAACUCUGUCCAAUCCUCUCGCUCCAUUACCAUUUGUUGAAAGCUCAGUUGAAACUCUGGGCCUCUAAUACAUUGUUCAAUUGGUAUAGUGAUUGUUACGCCACUAAUUUCAAAUUGAGUGAUAUAUAUAUAGAAUAUAUACUGUAUAUUUAGCCAACUAAAUCAACAUACAUUAUUUUUGUGACCAUGAAAUUAAUUGUCUUGAUUACAAUGUUAUGGAUUCUUUAUUUUCUUUGUACUUUCAGCCUUAUUGACAGGACAAUUGCAAGCACACUGCUGGCAUCUAUUAAACAGUGAAACAGCCUGUAGUCCUUCGGUACUCUUCUAGCUGGUUCCCACUGAAGCCAAACUCCCCGUGAGAAUAUUGUGCAGCUGCUGUGUCCUUCUGGAGUGUCACAAUGAGGUUAAAAAUAAUACAAGGGAGGAAUACCAUUUUUUUUGCUCCCAAUGUUCACUGUGAGACAUCCUUUUUUUAAUUGUUUUGUUAAUGUCUUUGACAUGACGUUUCCUAAGAGCAAUUUAUUUUAUUGAGAUUUUAUGGGGAAAUGAUUUUUUUUAUAUAUAUUGGAGAAGAGUGAGGGAAGAUUUAAAUAAACAAUGGAUUUUUGUCAGACAGGUAGUGAAACGGAUAGUUGGCAAAUGAAAUCUUCAGAACAGCAAGAAGAGUGAGAAGCAUACAGUUGCCUCUGCAUUCACUCCUAUAAUCCAGUUGAAGAUCAAGGAAAAGACUGCAGGACUCCUAACUCCAUGUAAAAACUAUUGGGUACUUGAAGUGCUGCUUUAUUGUAGACUAGCCCUAGAGAAAGCAUUUGUGAAUACAGUAAGUAGUCUAGCAAACAAAACUUACCAGAGGUUACUUAGCCCUUAAAGCAAAGUAGCCCCUUCCACCUGCAGCCUUCUGGGAUAUGAGUUGAGUAGCAGUCAUAGUUGUAGCCACUAGAUGGAGGUGAAUUUGCUUAAACCAUAGAGAUGGCAGACUCAUCUGUGUAAUGUGUGCCAUUACAGCAUCACAACUGAGCACAAUUGAGGCUAUCUUGAUGUCAAAGUACUACAUUUUGUUCGUUAGCUGAUGUGUCCUGAUGAUCCGAUUGGAGUUAUGAUCACUUGACAAACGAGCUAUCAGCCAAUGUAGUUGAAAGUCCAUCUAGUUGAGAUUGAAAUAGUGUAUGCCUUCAAUAGUGAUGUCUGCGCUAUAGCAUUCAGUUAUUUCCUUUAACUGUCUCUAUAGCUUUAAACUAUUUCCUAACAAUGGGCAACUCAAUUGGACACUACUCUGUUAAUUGGCUGAAUGCUCCCAACUAAUAGUUGGCUCAUUUAAAAUGGGGAAGACCUCCAUGGCAACAUCCUGGCUAAAAUUGAUUAAAUGGAUCUAGAGUCCUCAGUCUAACCCAAUGGUAGCAGUGCUUUGAAAAACCUGUGUGGGUGAACAGUGACUGAGAGGGUGUGUCCUAACCAAGCCAUGCCCAGUAUCUUGUGGAAAUGCUGACAUCCCUGUAGACCACUAUACUGCGUGUCCCUCAUUGUGUUCCUUAUUGUGCUUUCAAGUGGGAAAUAUUACCCCUACUAACUACCUUGAUCAUUUCUCCAACUCUGACAAUGUCAUUGUGAUCUCAGCUUCCACCUGAAUGUUUACUCUGAAAUGUUAUAUAUAGUGUGUAUAUAUGUGAAUGUAUACAGUAUAUAAUACACAUUCUGCAUACAUGGUUUUGUAAAAGUUCUCUGAAGAAAGAAUCUAAUCCUCAAUUUGUGAUCUUUUUUAUUAAUGGCUAAAACAACCAGGCAAAAAUAAACCUGAAAGAUAAAAACAA